AGUGAAUCAUUUGAUGCGUACAUUGUCGUCGCUAGUGUUUGAUUGAUAUCAAGUCGAUCUAUAGUUAUUUUAUUUCUGCUCUUCUUAUAACUGUCAAAAGUUAAAACUUUGUUUUUAAUUAUAAUAUUAUCUACUAACUACUGAAUCACCAUGCCGGUCCGUGAGGCGACCGUACACGAUCUCGCGUAUCUCUUUUACCGCCCGACGGAACCUCUGUUCAUUGGAAAGGGCAAGGAUCAUAAAGUCGUUUUCGAUAUUCCUGAGGAGUAUAAGACCGACCGGCACAAAAUGGUGAUGGCUCGCAUGCCCAACGUUGAGCCCAUUACGAGGUUCAACAUGGAAACCAUUGGGGACGGAGGACCUAAGAAAAUUCAGGUCAAGAAACUAGAGAAACUCCCCGACUUGUCCCUUCCCCUGUCGUUCAAGAAGGACACGCCGUUCACCCUGUUCAACCCGCACCACAGCGCGGCGGCCGGCCGGCUCAUCACCGUUUUAAUGGAUGCCAAAACAACCGACGAAUUAAUGUCCUUGGCCGUUUACUGCCGCGACCGGAUGAAUCCGUUAUUGUUCAUCUAUGCCAUGUCUGUAGUCAUGAUUCAUAGGCCAGACACGCGCACCGUACAACUGCCUUCGCACGUGGAAAUGUUUCCCAAACUUUAUGUACAGUCUUCUAUUUUCAACCGUGUCUUAGAAGAAGCAUUCGUGCCGGUUGACAUUAGGGUACCCGUGGAUAUACCGCAAGAUUACACGGCGUCGAAUUUGGACUUCGAACAUAAGAUGGCGUACUUCCGGGAAGACAUCGGCGUUAAUCUUCAUCAUUGGCAUUGGCAUUCGGUGUAUUUACUCUCCGGACCCCCAGAUAUGGUGAAUAGGGACAGGCGGGGUGAACUUUUUUCCUACAUGCAUCAACAGAUAUUGGCCAGGUACAAUUUUGAGCGUUUUAGCAAUCACAUUAACAGAGUGACACCUCUGAUGCACUGGAACGAACCUAUUUUGGAAGGCUACUUUCCAAAAUUGGACAAUGCGGUAAGCAGCCAUGUGUGGCCAGCAAGAAGCCCCAACACCAAAUUACAGAAUGUGCAGAGACAAAACCCCGUUGAUAAAACCGCAUUCGACAUUGAAGAGUUGGAACGUUGGAGAGAUCGAUUGUUCUUAGCCAUACAUUCUGGUUUUGUCAUAAAUAAAGACGGUCAACAAGUAAAAUUAACUGAAACUGAAGGCAUCGAUAUCCUCGGUAACAUGAUCGAGGCUAAUCCAUUGAGUAAAAAUCCAACGCUGUAUGGAAACCUUCAUAACAAUGGCCAUAUGGCUAUUGGUUUCAUUCAUGAUCCUGAUUUCCGCUACAAGGAAUCAUAUGGUGUUAUGGCGGAUCCUGCUACAGCAAUGCGUGAUCCGAUAUUUUACCGUUGGCAUUCCUACAUCAAUUGCAUUUUUCAAGCAUUCAAAGCUACUAUUCCUGGAUACUCCAUUCAAAAUCUGUCCUUCGAGAACGUAACAGUGCAAAGCAUAGAUGUAGUUUACGAUUCAGAAAAACCAAGUAGAAAUGAAUUUGAAACAUUCUGGCAGAAGUGCGAAGUAGAUUUAUCUCGAGGUCUUGAUUUUACACGGCAUGAUGGUCCUGUAAAUGCUCGUUUUACUCUAUUACAGCAUACUCCAUUCUCUUAUAGGAUAAUAGUACAAAAUGAUGGUGUCCCACAAAUGGGGACAGUCCGUAUAUUUAUUGCUCCAAAAUACGAUGAAAAAAGACUUGCAUUCAUGUUUGAAGAUCAAAGACAUUUUUUUGUCGAACUCGAUAAAUUUAGUACUCAACUGAAAAGUGGAAGAAACGAAAUUGAAAGACGUUCAACUGAAUCCUCUGUGACAAUACCCUUUGAAAAAACUUACCAGAACAUGGAUAAUGUACCUGAUCCGCAGACUCCUGAAGGAUCAGCGUUUAAUUAUUGUGGAUGUGGAUGGCCCCAAAAUAUGCUAAUUGCGAAAGGAACACCAGAAGGUUUACCAUGUGAACUGUUUGUGAUGGUUUCAAAUGGUGUAAUCGAUCAAGUGGAAAAAUCUCAAGGGGAUGGUACUUGUAAAAAUGCAUCUAGCUACUGUGGUGUUCUAGAUAAGAAAUAUCCAGAUGCUAGGGCAAUGGGAUAUCCUUUUGAUCGACCAGCGGAAGAUCGACCAGGGGUAAAAAAAGUUGAAACGUUACAAGAUUUUCUUCAAGAUUUACCUAAUAUGGCUGUUCGGGAUGUAACUAUUAAAUUCACGGGUCGUGAAGAGGUUCGACCACCAUCUUCUGGAGCUGGUACUAGAUUCUAACAGGUCACAACAAACAACAAAUACAGGGUCUGGAAAUGAACGUCCAACAACUGGAAGGAAUUGAUAGAAAUACAUUUUUUAUAAUAUUAUAAAAAAAUAUAUAUAUAUUUAUUAAUAAUUAUACUUAAAGAAUAACAGUACAAAUAUAUUUUGUGUACUAUAAAUGUUUAAUUAUAAUAAAAUACUUUUUAUACUUAAUA